UGCGCUCGUGACGUCAUCAGAAUACCUGGCCAGCCAGCAUACGCCGCUGGUUGAAAACAUUGAGAAGAACUCAGCAGUUGUUUGGUAGUUUUGCUGCUAAAGGUGAACGCAUAUUUGCGGAACGUGGCUGGAGUAUUUUGCUGAAUUAGACUAAUACCGUCAAAACGAGUCAGUAGGUACACAGAAGCGGACUUCGGGAACGAAAGGCGACGAGGGUCCGAAAUUAUCACGAGAAGCUUCCUGUUUUCGAACUAAGAUGAUGGCUAUUCAUCCACGGAGAGUCCGUCUGAAACCAUGGCUAGUGGCACAAGUUGACAGCAAUGCUUUCCCUGGACUUGUAUGGAUUGAUAGAGAAGCAAAACGUUUUCAGAUCCCUUGGAAGCAUGCAACCCGACACAGUCCACCACAGGAGGAGGAGAACACCAUCUUCAAGGCAUGGGCUGUGGAAACUGGCAAGUUCCAAGAAGGUGUUGACGAGCCUGAUCCAGCUAAGUGGAAAGCCCAGCUUCGCUGCGCCUUGAAUAAAAGUCGCGAGUUUAAACUGAUAUAUGAUGGAACUAAGGAGGUACCCAUGAAUCCAGUGAAAAUCUAUGAUGUCUGCGAAAUCCCACAGCCUAUCAGCAAUCCUGGAUCUACAGGCUCUGCACCAUGGGAAGAUAAUGAUCUGGAAGAAGAAGAUGAUGAUUUGUCUGGGGCAUUAAGGAACAUUGCAGGGUCUCCCUUAGACCCAGCCAGUGUUGGCAGCAGUUGUCCUUCCAGAGAGGACGAGCCUGUUAGUAUGGAAGAACAUUCACCCCUAGAUGGUAUAUUCCCGUCACCUGAGAUGUGGAUCAGCUCCUUGCCAAUGACUGACCUAGAGGUCCACUUCCAAUACAGAGGCAAAGAAGCAUGCCCCCCUCUCACUGUGAGUAACCCUCAAGGCUGUCGCCUCUUCUAUGGGGACCUGGGUCCCAUGAUAAAUCAAGAAGAACUGUUUGGGCCAGUUAGUCUGGAGCAGCUUCGCUUCCCUUCCACGGAACACAUCACAAAUGACAAGCAGAGGCUCUUCACCAACCGUUUACUCGAUGUCAUGGACCGAGGGCUAAUCUUAGAAGUUAGUGGGCUUGAUAUCUAUGCCAUCCGCCUCUGCCAGUGCAAAGUCUACUGGUCUGGGCCCUGUGCCCCCAACUCCAACUCACCAAAUCUCAUUGAGAGGCAGAGGAAAGUCAAGCUGUUCUGCCUGGAGUCCUUCCUUAGUAAUGUGAUCACCCAACAGAAAGGUCAGUUGGACAAACUGCCCCAGUAUGAGAUUCAUCUUUGUUUUGGAGAAGAGUGGCCAGAUGGGAGACCUAAAGAGAGAAAGUUGAUUACAGUUCAGGUUAUUCCAGUGGUGGCACGCAUCAUCACUGAGAUGUUUUCUGUGGAUUCUAUGCGUUCAUUUGACAGCGGCAGUGUGCGUCUUCAGAUCUCCACCCCAGAUAUCAAGGACAACAUUGUGACCCAGCUGAAGCAACUCUACCGCCUUUUGCAAAAUCAUCAGGGACAUGAAAGUUGGCCAGUCCAUACACCUGCCAACAUGCAUCUCUCCCCCCCCUUUAAACUAAUGAAUCCCACAAUAGAACAGACUUGUUGCACCACUGUACCUUAUAAUUAGCAUCAACACUACAGGGACAGAUUUUUAAUUAGUACGUUUUAGUUUGCUCUAGUCUGUCUUAUUUAACCAUAAGAGCCUACUCUGUAUAGGCAAAACUUUGAAAACUCAAAUGAAGUAAGAUUAUUAGAGACAAAAGAGGUGGUCACUACUUCCUACUGUGAAAGAUGAGGAGGCUGUUAUUAGAUUAUUUGACUAAAGCAUUUGAGUCACUCAUAUUGGCAAGCUGUAGUCUUAUCCACUUUUGAAGCUGUUUCUCAAUAAUUUGUUUAUAUAUAUGUAUAUAUAAUAUAUAUAUAAAAAUAAUACAAUGAUAUACACACAGAUCUACAGUGCCAUAUGGCUGAAUCCGUUAAAUUGUGGCUUGGCUCAAGAAGUGCUCUUUGAGUAUACUUUUCUAUCUGUAUCUUUAAGAAAAAUCAUAGUUUAUGUUCAUGGAUUUCAUUUUGCAAUGUUUACUUAUGAUAUUUUUUAUUAACUUUGACUAGUCAUGACUAAAUGACGUCAUGUUCAGUAAUCUUUACAGAGACUUUACAGCGGCUACUCAUUUGUGGUGUGGAUAUGAAGUCGGUUACUUCAUCAGACAAUACUAUAUGCAGCCUGUUGGUGUCCCAAUUGGGAAGCUAACUUAAGAGAUAUUGUGUUAGAACAUUUAGUAUAAAAAGAGAAACCAUUUUGGUGGGGAAAGGAAUAGCUCUUAGAAUUGGCAUACUUAAACGUAUAGUGACACUUUUUUAUGCCCAUCUCAUACUGUUGCACAAUUGCUUCUGUUUAAAAGGCUUGAUUCUGAUUAUAGUUAAUUUUAAUUUAUUUUAAAAGGAUCACUUUUUUCUGUCCCAGUCACUGUUAAAUGUCUAAUGGGAAAAAAUAAAGGGGCUAUGUUUUGUCUUAUUUUAUCAUGUAUUUUGAUGUUUCGAUUGUAUUUAAGCAAAAUCUGACUGUACAGGCAAACAUUUCUUAAUAGUAUAUUUAAGGUUGUGAUAAAUUGGGAACAGUAAUGCACUUACACAUUUUAUUUAGUUUUAAACGGUUUAAACAGAACAUUUGAAUAACAUUGAACACUUGGGAAUGCAUUCACCUCUGUGUCAAUGCUUUAGAUCAUAACUUCAUUCCUUACUUAUCAGUAACACCUUUUAGGUCCUGGCAGGUGGAUCACAGUUUAAGUGAACAUGCCUACGCUGUUGAGAAGCAGCCAUUGUAUCUCAUGGUAGUGAGAAAGAAAAGCCCAUAUUUCUUGGAGGCAAUCUGUGUGUGUGUUUUAGAAGAACUGGAUACUCCAUCCAUUGAAUAGUCAUGGUAUACGUGGUUUUACUUUCUGUGUGUACUCAAAGUUAGAGUGAUUACUUUUAUGAAAAAUAUUUGUAAUUAAAUAUUUUAGAUGUUAUAAUUAAAAAAUUAAUUAAAAUAA